GUUGUUUCUAUGUAUAGGCAAAUCCAUCUGACAGACUGCAAAGACGUCAAAGUUAUCGUCUUGAGUGCUGCUCUGUCUGCAACUGUAUGAGAAAUUCACUUUUCUGGUCGCCGACUCGUGUUGAGUAUGUUUCAUGGAGAGCCUUCGUAUCUUCUGUGACAAACUGAGUUGAUUGUCAUCCAUGGAGUCUGUAUGAUGCAAAACCAGAAUUUUGAGAGAUCGUGAAUCCCUAAUGUCUAUCUUACACUUUUGACUACGUCUUGCUGGCAUCGUUUUUGGCCCAGUUGUCGUGGGAGAUGGUGAAAUCAUAAUGAUCUUCCAACGACAACUUCAUUAUCCUUCAGCUUGGCUGUUAACAAUUUUCAGAUGCGAUCUUCUGCUGGAUGUCGUCUAGAAAGGUUGACUUGGAUGUGCAUGGGCGAGGCUUCGACAAGAAUGCAAGCGAUCUGCAAAAAGCAUUGCUUGAUAUUUAUCCCUUAUUAGUUUAUUUGACGUCUAAAAAAAAACAGGAUGAACAUGAAUGUUGAACACAAUGCUUUAUAUGGUUUUGUAACUACAAAAACCGACUUUUGUUGGUCGACCCAAAAUAUCAAAAUUUUGGUUUUGAUGCAACUCCAAAACGGUGUGUUGUACUUAAGUUGUAAGCUGGACUUUCAUUUGCCUUGUUCCGUCGUGUAAAGAGAUUAGCGAAAAAUGUUUUUGGUUUAGAAGUUUUUCUUUUGGUAGAUCGAUGACACUUAGAUAAUGUGUGACUUAAAAUUGAUUUUCUGAUUGUUGUCAAGAACAAGACCUAGGAGCACUUCUGUAUAUAUCAUUUUAAUCCGUAUCCGACAUUCUCUUGUUCUGCUUCAUCUGCAACUGCAUCUGCUACUGAGAUAGUUACGUAGUUUUGGAUACAGGAGCAUUUUCAAUUUCGAAUAAGAUGGUCGCGUCUGCGUCGGGUCUAGAUGGCGUCGGGGCCAACUUUGGUCUGAUGAAUGCGCUCCGUACGGGCAACGUUAUUCUGGACAUGCUUAUUUGCAUGCUGAUUCCGGUUGUGUUGGGUUGGAUUUCGUCGGUCGAUCUGAAGAAGCUGGUGCGUCUAUUCCAAGACUAUUUCGUGAGGAAGCCGGACACGCACGUACGCUCGAUUGAGUUCGUCGAGGGACGUCGCCGGCGGUCGUUCCACCUUGUCGGAGAUGGAGGCAACAGUGAGAACGAGGAUCGCAACCACAUUCUGCAAAAAGCGAUUUCGCUGUACAUGCAGGAACGGUACCCAGCUUUCCGGCAAGAGGACAUGGAGUGCAAUUUGAUCAAGUUUCAGCAGAUUGAGGUCAAGCGAGGAGCGGCAGCGAGAGGAUAUUACGAGCGCCGCAUGGAGAUGGAGGAACAAAUGCGAGCCAACAACUUCCAGCAGCUGAAGUCCUUUCGCGUGCAGCUCCUGCCGGCCAAAGAGACCUGGGCCGAGGUUGAGCCCGGGCUCUUCUUUUGGCACUCUACCAAGAAAAAAACCGUAAGCAGCAAAGACGGGGGAGCCAGCACCUCAGGCGAAGGGGCUGAGACUGAGACGCAUAUCACCUACAUCAUUCGUGCGGAAGGCAUGCAUUGCCAGCGACGGGUGGACAAAUUCAUUGAGGACGCCUACGCCUGGUACCUGAAACAGAAGGAGGGCGAAGUGGAUGACACACGUUUUUUCUUUUUAGGCGGACCAGAGGGUGGUGGCUUCGGAGGCGCCGGAUCAUCUAGCUCGAGCAACUCGUCGAAAUUCAAAUUCAAAAAGUACCAGCUUUCCGACAGCGGGAAAACGUUUGGGAACCUUUUUUUCAGAGAAAAAGAAUCGCUACUUCGCCUGGUCGAUGAUUUUGAAGCCAAACGAAGCAAAUUUGCGAUCGACGGUUUUCCGCACAAGCUCGGGCUUUUGCUCGACGGUCCCCCUGGUACCGGGAAGACCAGUUUGAUCAAGGCGCUGGCGGCGUACACGAAGAGGCACGUGGUAAGCGUAAACCUUGCUCAAUUACAAACCAACCAGCAACUGAUGGACCUUAUGUUCGAUCUUGUCUUUCCCGUGGACGGGGAGGACCUGCCGGGUCGUAUGAGCUUUGACAAAAUCAUCUUCGUCAUGGAGGACAUUGACGCGGCGAGCUCAGUGGUGUACAAGCGAGCGGAAAACUUGCCAAACUAUGCCAACCCAAUGGCCGCAGCGAUGGAUAUGGAGCCGGAAGCUGUUGGAAGCAAUAUUCCAGGAGCUGAUGGAGUAGCAACUACUGGAACUGGUAUAGCAGGUACUGGUACGGGAAGUGCAGCAGGUUCUUCGGGGGAACCCUCAUUUCGGAAAGCUAGUAUAGACACAGCUGAUCCCGCCGUGAACGGAUCUUCCAAUGAGAAAACUCCGACCAGUUCUCAAUCAGGCAGUCCCACAGCAGCGUCUACACCACAAAAGGAAACCGGGGUCGGAGGCGGUGUUUCAGGGGACGGGGGGGCGUGCGUGUUGACGGCAAUCGCAGAAGAACAAGAAUCGAAAGAAGGAAGAGACAGUACUGCCGUCGGGUCAGCAAAAGGUCUUAGCGAAAGCGGCCAGUUGGAUGACAACAAAGCGGUUCGAAAUGGCGCCAGUACGGAUACUAUAGGUUUGCCGCAAGGAGCCGGAGACAAGACUAACACUCCUCCUUUUAAGGAGAUGAAAACAGGUGGACUUCAAGUGCCGCUCCCAACUUACGGCAAGGCCCUCAGCCGCACCGCGACCACAGAGAGCGCCUUCAGCACGAGCCACUACAGCAGCGCGUCUUCACUGGCACGACGUGCUAAUCCGGGCAUCGGGGAGGUGGUGAUACUUCUCGAUGGCACUCAUUCAUAUAGCGGAGAGCGAGCAGAAAUCGAGUCCAUCGAAGCUUACCCGAACAACGUGACCAAAUAUGGUUUCCGUCUUUUUCUUUCCAGUGGCAAACGCGCCAUGCAGUGGGGCUGCGUCUUUGUGGAUAACAAGCCGGGUAACCCAACUUCAUUGGAAAAAAUGAUGCGAGUUGUGCGGAAAAAUGAAACCAGCCGUCUGCUACGGCUGGCGAGCUACAAUCAGGGCGAUGCCGGGAUCCUGCUAGAAAAGUUGCAGGAAGACAUGACACCUGUGAAUGUGUCUGGCCGAGAUCCGGAAAAUUCCGCGAACCCGGAUGUAUCUGUAACAGAGGUUCAGUCACCAUCUCAAACGAGGCAGAACAACUUCCUGUCCAAUGCAAACGCAGCUAUCGAGGAAGCUUUUUCUAAACGUUUUGAUGAGGUCGACGAAGAGUUUCCGACUAGCAAGUUAGAUGAACAAGAACAAAGCGAACGAGGUGAUGGAGUACAGGGCAUUGAAAUGGCAACCCAAACUUCUAUCCGCUCAGCAUCUAUCGCCUCGAGCAGCGAUGAGCAGAAGGGAGAUGCAGGUGCUGGAGUGGGUAACCAAAGCGAGCAACCGGUUGUAGAAGCCGGACAAAAACAAGUCUCAUCGGCAAGCAGCGCAGCGUCCUCAGCUGGAGCCGCGUCUACGACGGCGACAAGUAAAACGGCGGCGGAGAAAGGCGCAAAAAGAGUCGCUGCGCUUCAACAGAUGCUGGACAAUGGAAAGAAACAAGGACCCCAAACGGCGGAAGGAAAGACAGCUGCACAAGCUGCAACUCCGACCACGCCUGCAGACAAGGUAGAGGCAAUCGACGACAAAUUGGUCGACGCUUUCAUCAAGGAGCAGAAGAAGGACAGGGAUGCCCAGGAGCGAAGUCUCGACAAACUGAACCUCGCCGGCUUGCUGAACGUGCUGGACGGUGUCGUGGACACGCCUGGUCGGAUUGUCGUGAUGACCUCCAACCACCCAGAAAAGCUGGAUCCUGCGCUGAUUCGCCCAGGUCGCAUCAACAAGCGGAUUCAUCUUGGAUACGUGGAGCUGGGCCCGGCACUCCAGAUGAUUUCGCACUACAUGCAGCUGCCCUUUGAGCAAAUGAACGUUCCCGCACUCAAUACGCAAAUGAAAACAGAUCCUGAAGCAGAGAAACUUCUCGCUGUGGAAAAAAAUUUCGCAGAAAGUGUUGCGAGACUCAGACUCAUCAUUCAGACGCGGACGAGACUCACUCCAGCGAUGCUGGAACAGGUCUGUGCGGAAGCAGCUGGUAUCGAUGAGCUGGCGAAUAUGUUAGAAUUAUUGUGCGAGUAACAAUUGCUCGGUAACAUUUCAACCCGACUACUCGUAAAAUUUGAGGCCAUUCUAGUCGUGGAUAUUACCGAAACUCCAACUACUUAUUUAACUAUAAUUGAAUAUGUGCUUCGUGAAACUUUGGGCACAUUGUCAUUCUGAAUUUCUUUCUCGAGGUCGAGCAGGUAUACUAGGUAGUAUUACUUUGCAGACGGUGUGGGGAUCAAACAACAAUAUCGCAAAACAUGUUUUCUUCGCGAUGAAGUUAUCGAAAAAGAUUUGUUAAAUAGCGUGUCGCCAGUAAUGCCAAAGCCUCAGUUGUAGUUGUGGGAUGGCCACGACAGGAGACAUUUGACGUCGAAAUUUCAUCCUGUUCAUUGCGGAAUCUUGUUCUCUACCUGCGUAGCGAGCGGACGAGGCCUGACUAUCGGUUCUGAAUGUCGAUGUCGCAACAACUGGUUCUUGUAUUAAUGCUCUAUUGCGGAAUGAUCUAGAAGAUGAAGAGAAAAUAUGACUAAGAGGUGAGGUAGGACGGCAACGUGGUUGAGAUCGUCAAUCUACUAGCCAACGCAAGAAGAUCUUCCUGUCGGGCCCGGCGUUAAGAGAAAGAAACGAAACAACGAAGAUACAGUGAAGGAACAGCGAUGUGCUGCGGUAGUAGCGUUUCCAUUGUAGAUGAAUCAACUUUUUCAACUGGUUGUAGUACUUACUUGGUAUUUUUAAGAACUACAAGAAGUAGAAGGCUGCCCUACAUAAAAAGAUGCCGGACACCGAUGGUGUGCUAACCCACGAGGAGGUGAUUGCUGGUUCGCUGGAGGCGCCCGUGGAUUUGGGUACCAACAUUCUCUUCAUUGGGUACGGAACCGGCACCUUCGUCGUUGUGGGCUUCAUCGUUCUCCUUGUCGUCUUCUCAGGGACCGCAUGUCUCAAAUCAAUAGAGAAGAAGAUGGGGGCCAAAAUAGUAGAUUGACGAUGAAUUAUUUCCAGGGCGCGCAGUAUUUCAUUAUUUGAACAUCAAAAGCGCUACCACUACUGCUGCCGCACGUGGUAGCUGCACAUUCAGCUUGACGUUGAUGUCCAAAGCAAGAGUGUUCAAGCACCCUCUACUCAAAUUUGAACGGCUGCAGAUGGAGAUGAUUUUGAUUUUCUUGUUCCUAGUCCUGCUCCUUCACUCUAUGGACGGGAUCGAAAAACCUUAACUGAACAGUGGAACGUGCAGUGAUGAACAUUUUUUUGACGAGGCAUGACAAGGCAAUGCGGU